GUGCCGCGCCAUUCAUAACCCAUGCUCUCUGCUUUCAAUAUUCAAGUCCUCACUUGUUGCUUUCACUCCACCACCAAAUCUUUUUUUAUGCGGGGUUCGAACCCUCUCACACCAUCAUCUAAAGAGAGAAGAAGCCUUAAUUUCCCCUCUCGCUAAACAAAUGUUCACCUCUCGGAGCCCUCGCCAUCGCCGCUCCAACCCCUUGGUCGAGCUCCCUUAACAUGUUGAGUGAUCAAAGGGCUCAUACCGAAGAAGAAGACACCGGCGCCGCCACCGACGAGGUCGAAUUCCGCGACAUCUACGCGCUAACACCGCCGUCCCCUCAGCCAUCCUCGUCGAGCCGCGGUCGGAGGAGGGAGUCGUGGGAAGCCAGCAGCCAUCGCUGGUCGACGGUCUCCGUGGGGAGCGACGUCCUCAGCGAGCACUUAUCGACUAUGAGCAGAGAGUUCAACGCCAUGGUCGUCGCCGGAGCCAGCAUGCAGAACGACAACAACGGCGCCAACCACGAGGCGCCGAACCUUGGGAGGAUCGGAGAGGAGGUUGAGGAGACCAACCCGCUCGCGAUCGUCCCGGACAACAACCCCAUCCCCUCCCCUGGCCGUGCACCACCACCGGCCGACUCCCCGGCCCCGGUGGAGGAGGUCUCGGUCCACCAGGUGAAGAAGGAGGAGGUCGAGUCGAAGAUAUCGGCAUGGCAGGCUGCCGAGAUCGCCAAGAUCAACAACCGAUUCAAGAGAGAUGACGUCGUCAUCAAUGGAUGGGAAAGCGAGCACAUCGAGAAGGCGACGGCGUGGUUGAAGAAAGUGGAGAGGAAGCUGGAUGAAAAGAGAGCAAAGGCAAUUGAGAAGAUGCAGAACGAUGUGGCGAAAUCUCACCGGAAGGCGGAAGAGAGGAGGGCGUCGGCGGAGGCGAAGAGGGGGACGAAGGUGGCGAAGGUUUUGGAUGUGGCUAAUUUGUUGAGGGCUGUGGGUAGAGCUCCUUCCAAGCGCUCCUUGUUUUAGCCCUGCUUCCCUCUCUCACUCUUUGGCAUGGUGGUUUAUUAUAUGAUAUAUUAAUUUCAAAAAUAUACUUUUGUGUUUGAAGAGCUAUUAGUUGAACAGGCAUUGAAAACUUAGCUUCAGUCAUAGAGUGCUUGCUAGUUGAAAAGAGAGAGAAUUGUGAGGGUGAAGGCUACGUUUGCUGUAAAUUAAGUAUGUAUGUUUGAUAAAUCAAUGUGGUGAUUGGCAUUUUUAUUUGUAUCCAUCUGUCCAUUAAAAA